UCCGCCCCGGGGCAAGGCCGGGGGCCGGCCGCGGCCGCUGCGCCCUGCCGCGGUGACGGUGACAAAGGCGCACGGGCGAGGCGGGGCCCGCGGGGCCGGGACGGAGCGGCACCAGCUGUGCGGGGAAAACAAGCUGCGGGCGGCUCCGCCGCGUCCUCGCAGGUGAAGGCGGCCCCGGCGACGGCACCGCGCAGGCACCUCCGGGCCGGGGCCAGGUCGUGCUGCCCGGGGUGCCGAGGGCUGCCGGGGGCGCGGAGCGGCUCUAAUGGACAGGGCGCCCCCCGCGGGCCGCCAUCGCCGUCAGCCCCGAGCAGCGUGGGGCGGCCGAGCGGCGACUGCAGCGCUCCGCGGCGCCCGGCCGCCGGCCGUGUGAGGCCGGGGCGGGCAGGGGCAUGGCGCGGCGGACGGGCGUCACUGCGGCGGACGAGCUGGCCAACGCCGCCGCCCGCGGCGACUUGCAGCGCCUGAGAGAGCUGCUGGACGGCGCGGCGGACCCCAACGCCGUCAACUCUUACGGCCGGACCCCCAUCCAGGUGAUGAUGCUGGGCAGCCCGCGGGUGGCCGAGCUGCUGCUGCAGCGCGGAGCCGACCCGAACCGCCCCGACCCGCGCACCGGCUGCUUCCCGGCGCACGACGCGGCCCGCGCCGGCUUCCUGGAGACGCUGGCGGCGCUGCACCGCGCCGGGGCGCGCCUGGACCUGCCCGACGGCCGCGGCCGCCUCCCCCUCGACGUGGCGGCGGGGGGCCCUCACGGACCGGUGGGCCGGUACCUGCGACACCCGCCGCCCCGCGCCUAGCCUCCUCCUGGGCGACCCUCGCCCCUAAUUUAUUACCCGCGCCCGACUCGGUAGACACGAAGUCGAGCAGCACUCAAGCGUUGUAAAUAAUCCCGGGAUCGCGUCUCGCUGUUUGGAUGCACGAAGCACCGGCAGGAUAUGUAUUGCUUUGUACGCUAUACUUUGCACGUGCCCAUAUGUUAUCUUGCACUAGAAACCCUCCACGCACCCAUUUUUUUCACACUAGAGUCCAAACACUGUGAAGAGAAAUAAAUAUGAAGGAAAACCCUCUCACGGAGAUGGCACAAUAAACCCUUCUUGUUUUGACAAGGCCGUGUCUGGGCUUUCUGUUUACCUUUCUUCCCGAGGCUCCCCGCUGGCACUUCCCAGCCCUCCAUCUGAAGGGGACGAGAGGGCCUCCCGAGCCCGGGCCGACUGCUCCCCGUUUGAUUUCAGUCUCAAAUCGGACUGAAGGGGCGCUGAAACCAAUUUCUGCCUCUCCCUAGCAAAACCGGCCGGGACAGCAGGGAAUUGAGGCUUCCUGGUGCGACUGCGGCUUUGGCAAAUACCUUCUUAAAACCACGUAAGAUGCUGUGCAUGUCUGUGCAUGAGCCCGUGGCGCAUCCGUGGCUCUUCUCAUGAAGGCUGUAAACAUGGGACCUGGAAGGAAAAAAUAAAGAGCGAAUUGUGUCUCUGCAAGCCCGAUAUUUGAAGUAAUAAGUGUUUUACCAACCUGCAGGCGACCUUCCCUGAGUGACUGUGAGUUUAACAGUAUUUUGAAGAAAUCAUGACGAUUGCAAAAUGAAGGUAGCAUGGAACUAAAAAUUAAAAAUCGUACGUCCAAGCUCGGCCCCAGGGUUUCCCAAGCUGCUCGAAGGUGGCACAUUUGGUAAAGAAACAAACUAGCUGUUGUAACUGCAAGUAGUUGUAACGGCUGCGCUGCUGGAGGAGAAAUGGGCGCGGGGGGUACAUUAAUUACCUGAGAGCUGAUCCAUAUUUCACUGACUGCCCCGGCGCGGGGAAGGUGAGUGUGAGCAUCCCACAGUAAAGCCGUAACGGCAGCCCAGCUUCCGCCAAGGGGAAGCAGACGGUCGGGGAGACCCGCUCCCGCCGCGGCGGAUCCUAAACGGGGACCAGCAAGGACGGCGCUUCCAGCCUGUGCGGCUGGCGCCGCUCCCGCGGCACGAGUGGGAGACCCUGCCUCCCUCCCUGGACCGCAGGCGGGGCUGUGCCCACACGCCCACGCGCGUUACAAACAGAGCAGGGGAAGAAAAAGGCAUGUAGUGGGAAAGCUCUGGUCUCCUUCCCCAGUGCAAAUCCUGGGCAUUUUGCAGGGCUACCUGUA